AUUCAUCCAAACAUUUGAUCAAAAUAUAUACAUCGAAGUGACAAAUUCGUGUAUACAUUUGUAUGGACAAAAAAUGGAAGUGCUUGAUAUUUUCCAUGACACGCUCCACCAGAUCCUCAUCCCCACCCUCUCCGUGCUCUCCCUCUGAGCGGCCGGAACACCGUGUCGACAAUGGACGCCACGAACUCCAUCCUCGCGAGCAGGAAUCCCCAAUCUUUGCCAGGAAAUCCAAGCUCUAGCCUUUGACGGCCGGCAGCAAGGGCAAGAACUCAAAACCGGCGCAGAUUGAAAGAUCCGAGCAUGAGCGAAGGAGGAGGAAGGGAGCCGAGCAAAGGGCCACUACCUAGAGCGGAUGCGCACAGGAUCUGCAGAACGGAGAAAAUCAACCAAGAUCCAAUCGAUGGGCAGGGGGCAAGAGGCAACAUCAAACUGGGGAUUCUGGGGAACUCGGAAUAGGCGGAGGAAUCGGUUGGAAUUUUUGGGGAGAGGCAGUAGGAAAUGGACAGAACCAAGACCCUGUGCGCGGUUUCGAACCUCCCGCUGCAGCCCAACGCGGAGCCGCUCUCCCUCGACGACGCGCGCAGGCUCCUCUUCAAGGUCGUCGGGUGGAGGCUCGUCCUCUCCGGCGGCGACGGCGACGGCGACGAGCAGCGUCCCGCACGGCUGCAGUGCGUCUGGAACGCCGCGCUCUACGGCGCCGGCCACGCCCCAGCGGCCCUGGCGUUCGAGGCCCCCAACCAGGUGAUGGCCAAGCUCUCCACGUCCUCCGCCGCCGGCGACAGCCUCACCAUCAACGACUACAUCGUCCCGUGGUUGCAACUGCCGCGAAGCGGAGCCGGUGAUUUCUUCUGGAGCGCGCGAGCGAAGGUGUCUCCGCGAAGCAGCGUAGGGGGAGAACAGUGCUCCUCCUAAUCUGGCGUGAGAGAGAAGACGAGCGCCACCUAGGGGGUGCCGUAGAGGAUGCCGUUGCGGGUUGAAGAGUUGCUCGGUAGCCCCUACGCGAGCUACAGGAUUAGGGGAGGGGAGGCCAAGAGUGAA